AUGUCUGAAAUUAACAAAGCUCAUGACUAUCUGCAGAGUUUCUGUCAGCAAUGCCUAGUGAUAUAUAAACCUGGUUUUCUCACCUGCAACAUGCACCUGCACCUUCAUCUUCGUGAGACCAUCAACAAUUUUGGACUAGUGUAUGACGGAUUUGAGGCUACAUAUAUGAAAACAUUCAUUAAUGAUACAUAUAAGGGUGAUUAUGUGCGAAAGGUCUUAACAUACCCUAGCCUAGUCCCCUUCAUCCCACUCCUUCAAAAACUUACUUCCUCUGCCACAACUACUGCCAACUAUGAUUCCUAUACCUCCUAUGCCUCCUAUGCCUCCCUUUCACAUCAAGACUUCUAA